GACCUCCUCGUUCUUUGCCUCCCCGCAGUCUCAGUCUCGGGAAUCACUCACAGCAGAAACCUACAUCGCAUAUACCUGUAGCGGCCACCCGGGCCGUUUCUUCCUCCUUCACAAUGCCAGAAACAGAAUUCAGCCCGUCCUCGUUUGCAGGCGACAUGCAGUUACGAACAAGAAAGGCGCGCAACUUUGACAAGGUCGAGCACGACCUGCCCGACCCUAGAAAUCCAGCUUUGCAGCGAGUCCAGACCGCGGCGCUCGCUGCUCCUAUUAACAUCUCGGCAUGGCUCUCCCGUCUCGCAAACCUGAACCCUUUUGGCAAGGCUGUCGAUAGCGGCGAUAUUGUCUGGCUCUUUGAUAAUACGGCGUACCGAAAUCCAGACACGAAUGUAUGGGAGGCCGAGUUUGUUGCCGCGGUGUUUGAGAACGAGCCCAAGUGUCGUGUCGCAGACAUUGUAUCGAGCAUCGCCAAGACGUUGGGUCUUGCAGAAGAUGCAGCAGAGCGUGAUGUCAUCGAGGAGAGGAUAAUUCCCUUCCUCUGGGACAUUCAAGCUGCGAGAGUGUUUUGGCUCGAACACCGUAAGAAGGAGUUGAGGUUGGGGCCGACGAGCGUCAACGGCAUCACGACGAGUGUCAUGCCCCUCGAGCGCUAUCAUAAGGGAUCUGUGGUCGAUGCGACGGCUCUGGUGCCUAGGGAGGUCAGGGGCAUACUCGAUAUGCAGACUUAUUAUGCUGGGCCUGAAGGAUGGGGCGUCAUUUCAGAUAUUGACGACACCAUCAAAGUCACCAUGACAAGCGAUCCUCUGGGAAUUCUCAAGUCCACCUUUGUCGACGAACCCACUCCAGUCCCCGGAAUGCCUGAGCUUUACUCAGAUCUGCAGUCCCUUCUACCCCGCGACACUCCUUGGUUUUAUCUUUCCGCUUCGCCCUACAACCUGUAUCCACUGCUACGCGACUUCCGCGAUCGUUACUUUCCGCAAGGCACACUCGUACUGAGAGACUCGAGUUGGCGGACUGUCGCGGGAUUGUUGUCGGCGUUGACGAUGGGGACGGAGGAGUACAAGGCCGAUCGCAUGAAGAAGGUUCACUCGUGGCUACCAAAGAAGAAGAUGAUUGUGAUUGGAGACUCUACACAAUCUGACCCCGAGGCGUACGGCGAAGUGUACCGAGCCUUCCCCCACUGGAUCAAGAUGAUCCUCAUCCGCAAGGCCACCGAUGUUGCCUCAUUUGGCAUCGAAGAGAAGAACCAAACUGAGCGCUUUGAGAAGGCGUUUAAGGGUGUGCCGCGCGAGGCUUGGCAUGUCUUUGAGGACCCGAGCGAGUGCCGGCGGAUUGUGCGUGAUGUCGUUCGCAAGAGGUCGUGGUAGGCUUGGUAUAUCAUAGACGGUGCUCUGAUUCACUGGUCCCGACCUGAGUUCUGGCUCAAGGUUAGGUUGUACAAGUAUUAGCUUUUUGUGGUUUUGCUCUAGCAGGCGUGUUUUGGUUUGAAGGGUGCUUGUUUCGAGCAGUUAUUCGAUUCCACUUUGAUACUCCGGUUGGAUAGUGUCUUGGCCUUUGAGCAGUUAUUCCCACCUAGGUAACAAUAAAUAAGGUGUAAAUUAUGUC